AUGAAAUCGCCAUCGGUGGUUGGCCAACCGAGCGACUGGGACCUCGGAAGGUCAGAAACCGAUGAUUUUGAGAUCAUCGGUUGCUGGCUCAACCGAGGCAAUCACAAUUUUUUUGGUUUCCCCCGGAGAACUGGUACAUGCCAGUUCUCCGGGGACAAACCCUCCUCGGAGAACUGGUACAUGCCAGUUCUCCGCGGAGAAACCCUCCUCGGAGAACUGCUACAUGCCAGUUCUCCGGGGAGAAACCCUCCUCGGAGAACUGGUACAUACCAGUUCUCCGGGGAGAAACCCUCCUCGGAGAACUGCUACAUGCCAGUUCUCCGGGGAGAAACCCUCCUCGGAGAACUGGUACAUGCCAGUUCUCCGGGGAGAAACCCUCCUCGGAGAACUGCUACAUGCCAGUUCUCCGGGGAGAAACCCUCCUCGGAGAACUGGCACAUGCCAGUUCUCCGGGGAGAAACCCUCCUCGGAGAACUGCUACAUGCCAGUUCUCCGGGGAGAAACCCUCCUCGGAGAACUGGUACAUGCCAGUUCUCCGCGGAGAAACCCUCCUCGGAGAACUGCUACAUGCCAGUUCUCCGCGGAGAAACCCUCCUCGGAGCUCCGCGGAGAACUGGUCUUUGA